UACCAGUAUGGAGGCGGCCGAGGAAGCUGUUCGUGAGCUUUAUGAUUUUCGAGAUCGUUACUUUGAACGCCAUGACAUUUCUAGAGCGUCAGAAAAGGCGAAAUGCGUUGAUGAGAGAAUGACGGCUACCCUGCAAAAACUAGACGAGUUACCAGAUGAAGAUUUGGACGUGAAAACGAAAGCGCGUUUGAUGUUUCUUCGUGGUCACGCUAACAACGUUGUGCCUGAUUUCAACGAGAAAGGCGAACAGUUUCUAUCUCGUGCUGUGAAAUUGGAUCCAACACUAACAGAGGCGUGGAACUCACUAGGAGAAUGCUACUGGAAACAGGGUAAUGUCAAGGGAGCGUUCGACUGUUUCAAUGGAGCUCUGAGACAAGUUCAGAACAAAGUAUCACUAAGAAAUGUUUCUAUGAUUUUACGACAAACUGGUGAAGGGGCUGCUGAACGGUUUAAGAAUUUCAAACUUAGUGUUGAGAAAGCAAAAGAAGCAGUGAGUAUGGAUGUGUCCGAUGGAAUCUCAUGGUAUGUUUUGGGAAAUGCUUAUCUGUCAUUGUUUUUCAUCAGCGGAAACUCUGAUAGUCUCCUGAAGCAAUGCAUGACAGCGUAUGCACAAGCGGAAAAGGAUCUGUUGGCUGCCAACAAUCCCGAUCUUCACUAUAAUCGAGCAGUUGCAUAUCAAUAUGAAGAAAAAUUUCAACUUGCUCUUGAUGGUUUCAUGAAAGCGGUUGCUUUUGAUCCCAACUGGACGGAGCCUCAAGAACAUGUUGACAGGCUAGAAGCUUACCUUGUGAAAGUCAGUGGCAUGGCCACAAACAAAGGGAGGUUGAAGCCAAAGAAAUUAGUGUUGCUGCAACAGGGUAUUUCUGAAAAAGAUCUUGGGCCGUAUAAUGGAGGACAGUAUGUUAGACCAACUGGACAAACAGUUGAUUUGAGAGAAGUUCCACUAAGCGAGUUGAGGGAAGGCAUUAAUGGAGAAGUGAUUGUAGUGGGAAAAGUUGUGGGAGUCAUUACAUCGACAGGAAACAUUACAUCACAGACACUAGCUGUGGUUGACAAGGUUGGCUCAUGUGUCAUCGUUACAAUAUUUCACAUGUCAUCAUCAACAGCGCCUUUGAUAGGAGAUUCUUUAGCAAUUCCAGAACCACAAUAUCAAAUCACAAACGUUCAUUGUCCUAAGCAAGGUCAUCUUUCAUUCCCCAGCAUCAGAGUUGAUAACCCAUUAUGCUUGGUAGUCAACAAACAUCGAGUAAGCAAAGAGAAGUUAGUUCCUUCUGUUCUCGAUAUCGUGAAUAAGAGUGAAUAGUCAAUACCAGUUGUUAUAAUUCAGAGACCAAACAGUGUAACUGAUAUUAACUUUACAAAUUGCUACAGACAAAAUGUUAAUUGAGCGUACAAUUUAUUGAAUUCUCUUGAGCAGCUAA